AUGAAGGAUCUAAGGAUAAUGUUCUGUGGGGAAUCUAGUUGUUCAGACACUGUUGGAAAUCCUUGCAAUUCUGAAUUUUUGCUCUUCAUUCAACCAAAUUCAUUUAUCAAUCAUGCAUUGAUCAUUUGCUUUGAUAUUUUGCUCCUGGUCAUGCUCUUAUUCAAUAUGAUUCAGAAGUCAUCAUCAAGAAGGCUUCACAUUCCAGCAUGUUUGCAGCGAUUUACAUCAUUCCAGAUAGCAGCUGCUGUUAUUAAUGGAUCUCUAGGCUUAGUCUAUUUGGGCUUAGGCAUUUGGAUUUUAGAAGAGAAGCUUAGGAAAACUCAGACUGCAUUACCUUUGAAUUGUUAGUUACUAGUACUGAUUCAAGGUGUCACAUGGUUGGUUGUUAGUUUGACAAUAAGCCUAAGGGGAAGUCAUCUUCCAAGGGCACCAAUGCGGCUUUUGUGCAUUCUUACCUUUUCGUUUGCUGGAACUGUUUGUGCUUUAUCUGUCUUUGCUGCAAUACUUAGCAAAAACAUACCGAUAAAAAUAGCCAUAGAUUUUCUUUCUUUUCCUGGGGCAUUGUUGUUGCUGUUAUCCACUUAUAAGGAAGAUAAAUACGACGAAAGUGAAGCGAAAAUUAGCGAAAGUGGCUAUGUCCCUUUGAAUAGUGAGGCCAACGGCAUUAGUGUUGGCCAAGUUACACGAUUUUCAAAAUCUGGUUUCUUCAGUGAACUGUCAUUUUGGUGGUUGAAUCCAUUAAUGAAAAGGGGUAGGGAGAAAACUCUUGAGGAGGAAGAUAUACCCAGUUUGCAUGAGGCAGAUCGAGCAGAAAGCUGUUAUCUUCAAUUCCUGGAUCAGUUGAAUAAACAGAAACAAAUUGAACCAUCAUCUCAACCAUCAAUCUUGAGGACAAUAAUAAUAUGCCACCGGAAAGAGAUUUUCAUUUCUGGGUUCUUUGCUUUGCUAAAGAUUCUCACUCUCUCAGCUGGUCCUCUGCUACUUAAUGCCUUCAUUUUGGUUGCCGAGGGAAAAACAGCUUUCCGAUAUGAAGGUUAUGUAUUGGCCAUGACACUUUUCAUUUCAAAGGGCUUAGAAUCCUUGUCACAAAGGCAGUGGUAUUUCAGAAGUAGAGUAAUUGGUCUGAAAAAAGUGAGGUCCUUGCUCACAGUAGCCAUUUACAAGAAGCAGUAGUUGUCAAAUGCUGCCAGGCUGAAGCACUCAGGUGGUGAGAUAAUGAACUAUGUUACUGUGGAUGCUUACGGGAUUGGAGAAUUCCCUUUCUGGUUUCACCAAACUUGGACGACAAGUCUGCGGCUUUGUAUUGCAAUUGUAAUUCUCUUUCGUGCAGUGGGGUUAACAACAUUUGCAGCUUUGGUGGUUAUAAUUCUCACUGUGCUAUGCGGUACUCCGCUUGCAAAGCUGCAACAUAAGUUUCAAAGCAAGCUCAUGGUUGCACAGGACGAGAGACUGAAGGCUACUACUGAGGCUCUUGUGAACAUGAAGGUUUUGAAAUUGUAUGCAUGGGAAACCCAUUUCAAGAAUUUCAUUGAAAAUUUACGUAAGGUGGAAUAUAAAUGGUUAUUUGCAUUGCAUUUGCGAAAGGGAUGUAAUGGCUUUCUCUCAUGGUCGUCGCCUGUUUUUGUCUCAGUUGCUACUUUUGGGGCAUGCUAUUUCCUCAAGAUUCCGCUAUAUGCUAGCAUUGUUUUCACUUUUGUUGCAACUUUAUGUCUUGUUCAAGGCCCUUUAAGAAAUAUCCCUUAUGUUUUUGGAGCAGUCAUUCAGGCUAAGGUUUCAUUUACACGUAUUGUAAAAUUCCUUGAGGCAUCUGAGCUACAGAGUGCAAAUGUCAGGCAGAAGAGCAGCUUGGAGAAUGUGAACCAUGCCGUCUUCAUCAAAUCAGCCAAUUUUUCUUGGGAGGAGAAUUGUUUGAAGCCAACAAUCAAGAAUAUAAGCCUAGAGGUUAGACCUGGCGAAAAGGUUGCUAUCUGUGGAGAAGUAGGUUCGGGCAAAUCAACCCUUAUAGCGGCAAUUCUUGGUGAAGUUCCAAAUACAGAGGGAAUUAUUCAAGUGUAUGGGAAGAUUGCCUAUGUUUCGCAAACAGCUUGGAUCCAGACUGGAAGCAUACGAGAAAACAUUUUAUUUGGGUCUUGUAUGGAUGCCUAUCGAUACCAUGAAACACUUGAAAGAAGUUCAUUGGUGAAGGAUCUUGAGUUGCUUCCGUAUGGUGAUCAAACUGAAAUAGGUGAAAGAGGAAUUAAUUUGAGU